AUGGAAGUAAGGACAGGGAUGAUAAGCAAGGCCCUUUCGUCCUGUUACUUGAAGACCAAUAAAACAUCGGUUGUAUGCAGCAUACAUUUUGAGCAGAAGGGUGAAACAGAGCCGCAAGUUGAGGUGGUUUUUUCGGAAGUGGUUCCUUUGUGGACUCACUCACCUGCUAGCUCAAUUGUCAAGUCACUGUUUUCAACAAAGGUGCGGUCUACGAGAAUCAAGGUCUUUUUUCAUACCGUCAAGCAUGGGAGUGAUUUGUUUUCGUGCCUUGUCAAUUCGUUUUCGAUAUGCGGGAUGCUGUCUGGUGUUGGGAUGGUCGACACUGUCUGCUCCAGCACGGUAUAUGCCGGUAAAAACGGCAUCACACUUACGGAUGAUCAGGGGCUACUUCCCUUGCACAUGGCAUACAUGAUCCAUAAGAAGAAAGUUGCACAGAUACAUUUUGAUGGUUGUUUGGACUCCAACCUCAUAGCCAAGGGCGCUGAGGAGCUUGUCCGUGCAUGCAUUGAGCAAGGCAGCUUGCUGAAGUUGAAAAUAGAAGAGAUUGUGAAAGGUAGGACGAGCAUGUGA